CUUCUGUUAUUCUCGUCGACGUUUCUGCUCGGUACAUGUGGAUAUCGUGUCGGUCGGUCUGAAGACGGUUGUAUACUCAAUUACGGUCGAGUGCCACGUUAAAGUCGCCUGCUAAGUGGGAACAAACCGAGAAAGGUUGCUUGAUAGUGAUAAAACAAUGAUAAUCUAUACGAACGAAGGAAAUCCGUUUGGGCUGGAGUUAUUGAUUUUGGCGAAAGUGGCCAAGAAGGAUGUGACCGUCAAAACUGUUAACCUCAAUGAUCCUGCGAUCAAAAUUAUUAAACAAUUACCAAUAUUGGAACUUGAUUCUGGCACUCAAAUCUUCUCAACAGCAGCAGCUGCGAAAUAUUUACUAUCAAAAGAAACCAAUGAUCUUGUUCAAGAUGAAUGGUUAGAGUGGACAACAACCCUGUUGGGUCCUGCCUUAGCACAUAAUAUGGGGGUAGGACACCGGGCUGAUCCAAACGCACGGCCCAUACUGAAUGCGCUCAUCUGCAAAUUAGAUGAAACGUUGAAAAAAACACCCUAUCUCACUGGCGAUAAACCUACAGCCGCAGACUACGCUGUGUGGAGUCUUCUUGCCCCCGAUGGAACUCUGAAAGGCGCUACAAAUGUCGAUAAUGUUUUAGUUUGGUUUAGAAAACUAGCUGCAGCUGCCGAAGUCAAAUCAGCAUUAGAACAGCAACCGUUAAAUACUUUGACAUUUUCAUCGUUGCAGCAGUCUAAUCAGUUUGGGGGUCUUCACCACAUAGUCCUUCCACUAGUCGGUGGUAAUUCACCGAAUAUAUUACCAGACUCACCAUCACACAUUAUUGAGACCGUUACAAAUGAAGAGCUGGAGACAGCCAGAAAUCACUUCGUCCCUGCAACGCCCCGUCAAAUCAAACAAGAUAAAACCAUUCUACCCAAGAAAGGUGACAAGAACGUCCUCAUUACAUCUGCUCUGCCAUACGUUAACAACGUACCGCACUUGGGUAAUAUUAUUGGAAGCACAUUGUCUGCUGAUAUUUUCGCAAGAUAUUCACGACUCUGUGGGAAUAAUACAUUGUAUAUUUGCGGUACGGAUGAGUAUGGAACGGCUACAGAAAACAAAGCUCUGGCGGAAAAUCUGACACCACAGCAAAUUUGUGACAAGUACUUCGAAAUUCAUAACGGAAUUUACCGCUGGUUCGGUAUUGGAUUCGAUUACUUUGGCCGAACAUCAACAAAAGAGCAGACUGAAAUCACUCAGGACAUUUUCAAAAAAAUCUAUGCCAGCGGCUUUAUUGAAACUGAGUCAGUGGAGCAGUUACUCUGCCAGCAAUGUGAUAGAUACUUGGCAGAUCGUUUUGUGGAAGGAACAUGCCCCCAUCCGGGUUGUGGUUAUGAGGAUGCUCGUGGUGAUCAAUGUGAUAAAUGUGGCAAACUUGUAAAUGCCACCGAACUAAUCCGACCGAGGUGUAAAGUAUGCAACACUGCACCCGUCCUCCGAAGUUCAGAGCAACUAUUUUUGAAUUUGCCGAAAAUUGAACCGAGAUUACGUGAAUGGGCGGACAAGGUGGAUCACGGGUGGACGAAUAACGCUCGUGUGAUCGCAAGAUCGUGGUUGAAAGAGGGUUUGAAGCCAAGAUGCAUUACCCGUGACCUGAAAUGGGGAAUUCCAGUUCCGCUGAAAGGGUUUGAAAGUAAAGUUUUUUACGUAUGGUUCGACGCACCUAUUGGAUAUAUAUCAAUCACCAGACGUUACACUAAAGAUUACUUGGAAUGGUGGCAGCCAAAGGAGGGUGUUGAUGUCACACUCUAUCAAUUUAUGGGUAAAGAUAAUGUCCCUUUCCAUUCUGUCAUGUUUCCCUCUACGCUGUUGGCUCUGGACAAUGGUUCAACUAUGGUGUCACAUAUUAUGGCCACGGAAUAUUUAAAUUACGAGGACGGUAAAUUCAGCAAAAGUAGAGGAAUUGGAGUGUUCGGAAAUGACGCACAGGACACAGGUAUUCCAUCAGACAUUUGGCGAUUCUACCUCGCAUCUGCACGACCAGAAAAUCAAGACUCUAACUUCAGUUGGAAUGAUUUGGCUGCACGCAACAACUCGGAAUUGCUAAACAAUCUGGGUAAUUUCGUUAAUCGGUCGCUCAUGUUCUGUGAGAAGAACUUCGCAUCAACCAUACCACCUAUGAAAUUGGUAGAAGAUGACUUGCUCCUACUCGCUCUCGUUAAUCGUGAAAUUAAAGGGUAUGUUACAUCAAUGGAUAAGGCCAGACUCCGGGACGGCAUUCGGCAUAUUCUCGCUAUUUCACGACAUGGCAAUCAGUAUAUGCAAUCACAACAACCGUGGGUACUAUUCAAGGGCACAGACGAUCAAAAGGCAAGAGCUGGUACGAUAACUGGUAUUUUGUGUAAUUUGGGUGCUUUGCUGUCCUUGUUGGUAUUCCCAUACAUGCCUGAAGUCGCUCGAAAUAUGUUUGAUCAACUGCAAUCAAAGCAUAGAUAUAUUGAUCCUGACCAACCGUUCGCUGCCACUCUGCUCCCGGCUGGUCACAAGAUUGGCAAACCUCUUCCUCUCUUCACAAAACUUGAACAAUCCCGAAUUGACGAAUUACGUAAGAAAUACGGAGGUGCCCAAGAUAACGGUGGGGCUAAAAAAGCAGAUGACAAAAAAGUAUUCUCAACUAUAAAUGAAGCCGAAGAGGCAAUCAAAGUCCAGGGAGAUAAAGUACGCGCUCUGAAAUCUAGUGGCGCAGACAAAUCGGUGUGGCAACCAGAGGUGGCUGUUCUCCUUGAUUACAAAAAGCAACUGGAAGUAAUGCAGAAAAAACAAAUUAAUGGGGAAGUACCGAACCAAUUAGACACAACUGACGCAAUCAAAGCCUUGGAGAAACGAAUCGCGGAUCAGGGCAAUAAGGUACGCCUAUUGAAGGGCUCCUCCGGACCUGAUGUUUGGAAACCAGAAGUCGAAAUAUUGUUAAAACUAAAGAAAGAAUUAAGCACAUUAACCGGCGCACCAGAGCCCGCAAGCGGAAAGAGCAAGAAAAAAUCAUGAUACUCUAUUUCGUUUGUUUCGACUCUGUUCAGGCCAAACUAUUGAUGAAAUUUUUCAUUAAAGACUCCUUAACU